AUGUCUUUGAAUGUACUAUCAGGGAUCGCAGUUCUUCUAAUCCUUCGUCUCCUGUUCGAAUAUCAUCGCGGCCGAAAACUCCCUCCAGGUCCACGCGGCCUCCCACUGAUUGGCAACAUUCAUCAAGCCCCUCAAGAUCACCCCUGGCGAGUGUAUGACCAAUGGAGCAAGAAGUACGGACCGCUCAUGAGCGCCCAAUUUGGCCGGCAAACCAUGAUCCUCAUCGCAGACGCAAAAAUAGCCCGUGAACUGCUCGACAAACGGGGCAGCGUCUACAGCGACCGACCGCGGAUGGUCAUGGCAAGCGAGAACGUGACAAAGGGCAUGCAUUUGCUGCUGCGGCAGUAUGAUGAGCGGUACCGGCUGCAUCAGCGCAUGGAAGCCCCAGUGUUGAGUCCGCGUGCGUCGCCGACAUAUUUCCCCCUGCAGGAUCUGGAAAGUAAACAGCUUCUGCAUGAUCUGCUUUCCUCGAAUGACUUCUGUAAGCAUUUCGAGCGGUUCUCUACCAGCGUGGUGUAUAGUCUCGCAUACGGGAUCCGGCUGCCAACCGGCGACGAGCAGGACAUUCAGGAUCUUCGGCACAUCGUGCAUAAUUUUACUUAUGCCGCGCGCGUGGGGACAUGGAUUGUCGAUGCCAUUCCUUUGUUGAAUCGCUUGCCUGCGUGUCUCGCGCCGUGGAAACGCACCGCAGAGGAACUGUUCCAGCUUGAGGCCGCGCUGCACCUCAAAAACAUGGAUAUCGGGCUCAAAAGCAAGUCCUGGAACUGGACCAAGGAGCUUGCCAGGUCCAAGCAGGCGCAAGAAAUGAAUAAGCUCGAGUUCGCGUAUGAUGUGGGUAUUCUCACGGAUGCAGGGUACGAGACUACCGCGACCGUCAUGCGUGUUUUCGUUCUAGCUGCACUGGCCUAUCCUUCCUUUAUUGCCAAAGCGCAGAAAGAGCUCGAUGAUGUUGUUGGACCGGAUCGACUACCUACGCUGUCAGACAAGGAAAACCUGCCCUACAUCCAAGCUCUGAUAGAAGAAACCCUGCGCUGGCGAAGCAUCGUUCCUGGCGGUGUACCUCACGCUUCCGCAAAAGAAGACACUUAUUUAGGCUACCGGAUCCCCAAAGGAGCGACCAUCGUCCCGCUACAUUGGUCCAUGAGUAUGCAUGAGGAGCACUUUGAGAACCCGACGGAGUUUCAUCCCGAGCGCUGGCUGGAUUCGGAGCCUGAAGGGCGCUUUACCAACUUCUUUGGGUACGGGAGACGUGUCUGCACUGGGCGACACAUUGCCCGGAACUCGUUGUUCAUCCUUAUGGCGCGGAUUCUGUGGGGGUUUGAGAUUCGAAAUGCAAUGGAUGUGGAUGGGAGGCCGAAGGCUAUUGAUGAUAUGGCGUUCAACUCAGGGUUCGUGUCUGUGCCGGAUCCUUUUGGGGCAGUGUUUGUGCCACGCAGCGAGCGCGCGAAGAUGGUUGUUGAGAAGGAGUGGGAGGAUACCGAGAAGGAUAUAAACGUGUUGAUGGAUUCGAUCAGGGAGCAGCAGAGGUCGAUUGGAUUGGAGGUGCGUGCAUAA